UAUAUGAUACAUUUCAUUGCAAAACUGAAUUACGCACACGAUCAUAUAUUUAAAAAAGCAUAGCUUUAACCAUACGUGAUAAAUAGGCUACAGGUAAGAUCCUACGAACUACUACAAAUAAUUGUAAUACACACACAUCUCCGCCAGAUAGAGCCAGACAACAGUUCUUGCACACCACAAGACGAAUAUGUCAACCCCAACUCGCCAAUUCAGAAAGUAUGACUAUAUUACGAGUUAUUUACUGAGAGUUGUGUUCUUGUUCUACUUUAUACUAUACUUUAUACAACUGUUUACACUAAAUCCGAAGACUUAAGAUAAUGAAACACGAUUUUUGAAGGGCGACUUUUCUGAACUCUUGACAUCAUCACAAAUCAUUGCGGAACAGGCUUUCAAAAUGUGCCUUCAGAAUACGAUACGCAUCACACAUAAGUUAAAGCUUGCGACGUCAAGGACAGUAAUAGUCUAAAUUAAUUUAGUCGUACUCGUAUAUUCUUGCUCAACAGCCAUUAUUUCACUGGAGAAAGUUGGUUGCAGUAAUGUAGUUCAUACUGCCCACGUAAUCGUAAUAAGCAAUGUAGCCUAUCUGGUUAAAGCAGAAGAAAGUUCACGCAGGCUACAUCAUUCACGGAAAUGGCGCACAGAGUUCGGCGAACCGUGACGACAGAGCAGUGAAUGUGCUCUGUAAGAUUAAGAGACUUUGCGUUUGAUUUGGUGACAGAAGGCUGAAAUUCAAGUAUUGUCCUCAAAUGACAGAAUGUUACUUCACAGCAUCUUUGUAGGCCAGGCUCUGCGAUAAAGGUCUUCUGAGAAGUGCCUUCUUCAGACUUAACGCUGACGUACAUUUCCUGUUUCACAACCCCAGAGAGACCGAGGAGAUGGGCAGCCAACGAAAAGACAGCUUUCUUUGGGGAAAAAAAGAAGUGUCGGGAGACCUCACACCAAUGGAGGAGAAGCAAAUCCAAGUCCUGAAAAUACACAAGAAUGACCUAUUAGACGACAUUCAGAAACUUAAGAUGGAGAUUGAGACCGUGAUGGAAGAAAUCGAGAAUUUUGAAUCGGACGAGGAAAACAAACACAUCAUAAAGAGCAAGCAGUUCUUGUGCGGGAAGAAGAAGUUCAACAUGGAUCCUAAAAAGGGUAUGCAGUACCUGGUUGAUAAUGGUCUUCUGGAGUGGGAGCCCCAGGCGGUGGCAGAGUUCCUUUACAAAGAGGAGGGCCUUAACAAGACGGCAAUUGGGGACUUCCUGGGCGAGAGGGAAGAUGUGCACCUUCAGAUUUUGAGAGCGUUUGUGGAGCUGCAUGAAUUUUCAGACCUUAACCUUGUGCAGGCACUGAGGCAGUUCCUGUGGAGCUUCCGCCUCCCAGGCGAAGCCCAGAAGAUCGAUCGCAUGAUGGAAGCCUUCGCCAGCCGCUACUGCAGCUGCAACGCCGGCGUCUUCCAGUCCACAGACACCUGCUACAUCCUGUCGUUUGCCAUCAUCAUGUUGAACACCAGCCUCCAUAACCCCAGCGUGAAGGAGAAGACCACGCUGGAACGCUUCAUCAGCAUGAACCGAGGCAUCAACAACGGCGGUGACCUACCGAGCGAGCUGCUGACGAAACUGUAUGAGAGCAUUCGGAGUGAGCCCUUUAAAAUCCCGGAGGAUGACGGGAACGACCUCACGCACACCUUCUUCAACCCUGAUCGAGAAGGCUGGCUCCUCAAACUCGGGGGCAGAGUGAAGACCUGGAAGAGGAGGUGGUUCAUUCUGACAGACAACUGCCUGUACUACUUUAAGUACACAACAGACAAAGAGCCCAGGGGCAUCAUUCCGCUGGAGAACCUGUGCGUGGCAGAAGUCAUGGAACCUCACAAACCAUACUGCCUGGAGCUCUAUAACCCCAUCUGCAAGGGUCAGAAGAUCAAGGCCUGUAAGACGGACAGAGACGGACGAGUGGUGGAAGGACAGCACCAGUCUUACAAGAUCUCUGCCUCCACGGGCGAAGAGCGAGACGAUUGGAUGAAGUCAAUCAGGGCGUGUAUCACCAAAGAUCCCUUCUACGACCUGGUGAGUGUCCGGAAGAGAAAGGUAAUCAACCAUGUCUCCCAGGACUGAGAGGUUAUAGGUCAGUCAGUGCCUGUAGGACUUUGGAUUCUGGGAAAUGGUGUUCUCAGUACAGAGAUGAGAUGGACUACUCCUGCUCUAAGAAGAUCAGGUGUUCUCAUUAAUGGAAUGCUUUGCCACAACGGCACCCUUUGCCUGGAUUGGACAGAAGCACCGCAUGGGUGUUGCCCUCUUAGCCAAUCGUCUCCCUCUAUCAUCCAGAACAUUUUUUUCCUGAAGUGUUGCUGAAAAUGUUGCCUCAUUAAGAUAGGACACAGAAUUUGUUUAAUGGUGCAUUACUACCGUCUGUAAGACAAUUAGGAAACUGUACCCACUGAUGUGCCCUCAGCUGGAUAUGGGAGCUUUCAUCAAUUAAUCGCAAAAAAAGACCAACAAGUGUGAAAUAUGGCACCAUCAGCAGAGAGGACUUAAUGGAGUUACACCCUGAACUCGGACCCUGCCCCGUUCCGACCAGAAUGAACAUCACAUAGACAGUUCUGCUACAUGCAGUGUGCAAGAAAUGAGCCGAAACUACAUCUGUGGUUGUUUUUAAAAAUUGGUUUUUAAUCACUGUUCUAAUAUCGAAUUGAGUUCUUCGCUUCGUGUCGCGAGUUCAAAUAGAAUUUUGAAACAGUUUGACCAUCAGCAUGUGGCAGCUCACUUUAUUGCAGGGGUAGGCAGGUCCAAGCCCGGAGAGACGGUGUGUUUACAGGAACUUGGUUUACUAAUUACCCUGGUUCAAUUGAGCUAAAUUGUUGGAUAAGCCAGUGCCUCACAUUUAAUUAAUAUAGGGACAGUCUUUAGCUGUCAUUCAUAAGCUUAAGUAAUUUAGCAAAAAGGUCAGACGUUGUAGAGGACUGGACUAAUUAAAUACUUGAGGGUGGAAGUUGACAUGAAAAGCAUAAACUGACCUUUGGCCACCAGUGCUCUAUAACGUGCCUACCUGGGUGAUGCAUGGCAGCCUUUUUUUGCCAGAACGCUCACCACACAUUAGCUAAGGUAAUGGAUUCUGUCUACAAGAAAUGUAGAUACUGCUACAGUUUAGAUACGGUACAUUUUUACAUUAUAUUUGCAAAGAAAAAUCUGAGGUUUCAAACUGAGAUUGUGAGCAACAUGGAACAUUUAUUCAAACUUGUCAAAAAUGAAAGGCAUUAAGGUUGAACAAAAAGACUAAUCACUAGCUGUGAGUGGCCUGUUGUCGUUGUUUGAAUGUUUGGGAUGCUCAAAAGGUCUUUCUGGUGUUUGGACUGGUCUGGUAGUAAGGUGAAAUACACCAUUCACUUUAGAAAUGACUCCAUACACUCCAGCUCACGCAAUAGGGAAUUCAAGUGAUGACAUCACACCUCCUAAGUCACAUCUGAGGGAUGUGGCAGAAAGCAUGCACUGAGCCACCAGGUAUGGGACAACAAGGAUGUAGGAUAGCUGUUAAAAGUGAAAAGGGUUCUGAUUGGUCAGUCCACAGUCACACUUUGGGCACACCUUCAGCUUUUUCUGGAGGUAUUUCCUACUUACCUACCCACCUGUGCCUCUUUCCAUGUGUAUUUGUAGUGCGGAAAUUGUGAAGUCAACUUGGACAUGUUUUUUAAUCUGCAUUCGCAUUUACUGGCUGCACUGUGUCUUUAAAUUGGGGCCUGUAGUGGAAUGGUAAUGUGAGAGAUAAGAAAAGGGAAGUUUCUCAUGAAACACAGUACCAGUGACAGAGCCCCUAUUUUUAGAGCCAAAAUAUAUGACAUUAGUCUCACAUCCACCCUGUUCAAGAAGUCAAGCUGGGAGCACAGGGGUAUAUACAUAGAAUGCUACAUUAUUAUAAUAAAUGUAAAUCCAAGCCAGUCCCCUCCUGGUCAUCUCUGAUACCCUAAAAUAUGUUUUACUAUGACUUUGCUCCACAUAGUCAGCUUGGGAGAGGGUUUACAUAAUUGUGGAGAGACAUUUGAAUGUUAUACUGACCGCUUCCAAAUUCCAAAACCAACAUCAUUCUGGUUUGUUAGCAGCCCAAAUCAAGCCUCCAACCUGCUUUCACUGUUAUUUCAUAGAAAAAGAAUCAAUUUUUUUUAUUCUUUUGUAAGUUUUUUUUGUUUUUUUUUGUUGCUGAUCCUGAUAAAUAAUGUCCCAGUCAUCAUUUUCUAUUCCUCCAAAUUAGUUCUUAUUAGUGCUACCUCCUUCCCCCUGCUAAAGGCUAUCUGCAGCUAUUUACAUAUAACUAAAUUGUUCAACCAGUUUUCAUUAUUAUUUAUCAUUUUUACAGAGGGUUUCCCCAUGGACUCCCAUGUUAAACUAAUACUGCAUUUGACAAUAGUAAAAAUAAAUCUGAAGCAGUUAAUAAUGUGUAUGUAAAACCCUGUAUGUCUGUUUUGUGACAAUUAUUUUGCCAUUAUAAUGCAAUUUUUAAAUAUCUUGAUGUGAUGUUUGCUAUGUUUUUGUAGAUUUUUCCUUAUGAAUGCACUGAUUUUGUGGAGCUGUUUCUUUGUUUAUAGCACAAUAUCAACUGUAAAUGUUCUUGUAAAUAAUUAGCAAAGAAAAAAUAUUUUAUUAUCUUGUAUAUAUAUAUUAAAAGCCUUAUUUAAUAAAUUAAUUGCUC